UUAAGACUUCGAAGGGAUGGAUAGAGUUUUCACGACAUAUUCGUGGAGCUCUAUGGUGUUUGUUAAGGAUUUUUAGCGGCAAUAGUUUGAAAAUGUCCUGGGUUUUUGUGACGUCUAAAAUCAAUGGCCAGAAGGCAAGGAAAUAUUUUGAAGACAGAGGACAGUAUGAUAUGGAAAGGAAAGUGACAAAGUACUCCACAAAUGAAGUAAUGAUUCCUUUACAACAAGAGCUGGCAGAAAAAAUUAUCAGUGAACAGUCAGGAAAAAGUAAAAUAUCUUCGCUUGUUCCAUUUGAGGGAAGAGUUGAAUGCAUGGAGGGAGAUAUUUUGAACACAAGACAGGGAAUAUUGUCUCCUCGAGAGAAGCUGAAGAAUGCUAUUGUCAGUUUAUUGCACAUGAAUGCUGGGACAUUUGAUGAGUUGUUACCAGAAGAUAUACCUUCACACUGGGAACAGCAUGGAGAUCUUAUUCUUUUACCAGAGAACAGUUUCACUUCAAAUAAGUGGAGAGACUUUGGUGGAGAAUUAUGGAGAAUUGUUGCAAAAAGUCUUGGUGUCACAAGACUUGCUAAGAAAUCUACCAUAAAUAAUGAUGGUUUCAGAACUCCCAAAGUCACUCUGCUUUUGGGCGAGGAUGAAUGGGUAACUCACACUGACAAUGGCAUCAAAUAUACCUUUGAUGUCACGAAGUGCAUGUUCUCAUCAGGAAAUAUUACAGAAAAGAUGCGAGUUGGAAAUUUUGACUGUUCUGGUCAAACUGUUGUUGAUCUAUAUGCUGGAAUUGGUUAUUUUGUCCUACCCUAUCUUGUUCAUGCAAAAGCAGCCAUGGUUCAUGCUUGUGAGUGGAAUGAAAAUGCUGUAGAGGCCUUGAGAAGAAACCUGAAAUUGAAUGGUGUUGAUAAACAAUGUGUCAUUCAUGAGGGAGACAAUCUGAAGUUUCCUCUUCAAGGAGUGGCAGAUCAUGUCAAUCUGGGCCUCAUCCCCUCUAGUGAGGCAGGAUGGCCAGUGGCUUGUGCAGCACUUAACUCUGAUAGAGGAGGAUGGUUACAUAUUCAUGGAAAUGUUACAUCAGGUGUAGUGGACCAUAAAGGAAAUGGAAAAACUCAGGAUACUUUUCUGCCUUCAAGACAAACAGAGGAAGCAGACAUGACAAGCUUCCACGAUUCCCUCAAUGACAAUUGUGGCUUUAGUGAACAAGACCAACACUCAUCAACUUGCUGUCAUCCACAGAAUACGUCAAUGUGUGUAGUAAAUCAAGGCCAUGAACAAGACAACAAUAUAGUUUUGACAAAAUCAUCUGAGCUGGAACCUUCAUUGAUCUCUGCUGAGUCAAUUGUAGUUUCAUCACAAUCUGACCUUGCAUUCUUGAAACAAUAUCAUUUACCAUCUUGCAACAAGAAAGUAAAGCAAGAGUGGCUAGAUUGGGCAAAAUAUGUUGCUCAUACUCUACUGCAUCAAUUAAGGAAAUUGCAUGGCAAACAGGAGUGGAAUGUCCAAGUAGAGCACAUUGAACAUGUGAAGUCCUAUGCUCCUCACGUAGAUCACUUAGUGUUGGAUGUGAAAUGUCAUCCACUGUGUGGUUAUCAACCCUGAUGCCCUUAGCUGUGGCUGAAUCUUAACCUGUGAAUCAGGGUCAAGGCAAAAAAACAGAAAUUUAUAGCUGUAAAAUCAAUGAUUUAUAAGUUAAUCAAUGAAAAAUAAAGUUUAUCAA